AUGCAGCAUAGGAGGACGCGGCGCAGGAGGACGCGGCGCAGGAGGACGCAACGAGGACGCAAGGCAGGAGGACGUAAGGCAGGAGGACGGAAUGCAGGAGGGCGCAAGGCAGGAGGACGCAACCUAGGAGGACGCAAGGCAGGAGGAUGCAGCAUAGGAGGACGCGGCGCAGGAGGACGCGGCGCAGGAGGACGCAACGUAGGAGGACGCGGCGCAGGAGGACGCAAGGCAGGCAGAUGCAAUGCAGGAGGACGCAAUGCAGGAGGAUGCAAGGCAGGAGGACGCAAUGCAGGAGGACGCAAUGCAGGAGGACGCAAUGCAGGAGGACACGGCGCAGCAGGACGCAAGGCAGGAGGACGCGGCGUAGGAGGAUGCAAGGCAAGAGGACGCGGCGCAGGAGAAGGCAAUGCAGGAGGACGCAAAGCAGGAGGACGCGGCGCAGCAGGACGCAAGGCAGGAGGACGCAAGGCAGGAGGACGCGGCGUAGGAGCACGACGCAAGGCAGGAGGACGCAGCGUAGGAGGACGCAACGCAGGAGGACGCAACCUAGGAGGACGCAAGGCAGGAGGAUGCGGCAUAGGAGGACGCGGCGCAGGAGGACGCAAGGCAGGAGGACGCAAGGCAGGCGGAUGCAAUGCAGGAGGAUGCAAGGCAGGAGGACGCAACGCAGGAGGACGCAAGGCAGGAAGACGCAGCGUAGGAGGACGCAACGCAGGACACAAGGCAGGAGGACGCAACGCAGGAGUACGCAACGCAGGAGGACGCAAGGCAGGAGGACGCAGCAUAGGAGGACGCAACGCAGGACACAAGGCAGGAGGACGCAAUGCAACAGGACGCAGCGUAGGAGGAUGCAACGCAGGAGGACGCGGCAUAGGAGGACGCAAGGCAGGAGGACGCGGCGCAGGAGGACGCAAUGCAGGAGGUCGCUAG